UCAUCAAAUAAGCUUCACAACUAUUACAGAAUCCUCAACAACAAUCCACUUGCACUUGAUUUACUGACAUAAACAAUGUAAUGUCAACACUGUAACCUCUAAAUAUACAUACAGAACUUACUUUUUAACUAGCUCUCGACUUGCCAAAUAAACACUUAUAACAGGACCGUUUAAGUAGACCUCAUUAUGCUUUUAAUUCUCUCAAAAUGAAGUCGCCACGCAUCGACAUGUACCGUCACAUUUCAAUUCAAAUUGGAGCAUUAAAAUUCUUCGGAAUUUGGUUUUAUAUACCAUACUCUAAGAAGAACGUGUGGUUCUGGAUCAAUAUCUUAACACGAAUUGUUUUAGGUAUUGCCGUGUUUGUAAUACCAACUUCUGCUCAACUGGUGUACUUAAUUCGGCUGAUCGUUUCUGGGAACGCCGAAAUCCAAGAAGUAGCUGGAAUAAUGAACUUAGUUCUGACUGAGUUGUUAGCAUCGCUGAGGCUUCUGGAUUUACGUUUGCGCCGGGAUCUACUGACAAAACUGUCCGAUGAACUUAUGAGUGAGGAAUUUCAAACUGAGCAUAAGCCACAAAGGAAAAUUCUGGAAAAAGCCAUCGUUCUUUCUAGAAGACUGUUUAUUGUUCUGCUGUCACUUAGUGGUAUGGAUAUUCUUGUUCAUGUGGUCUUGGUACCUGCACUCAAAAAUUUUGAAACUUUGCCGCUGAAAAUGGAUUUUAUUUUCUUCGAUGUAAAUGACGAAAAGUAUUUUGAUUUCAUUUGCGCUUACCAGAUUUUGUACAAGCCCAUGAUGCUGACUACAUUCGUGGCGCUCCAAACAUUGCCUUGGGCCGCAAUGUCUUGUGCAAUCAGUCAAUUGGAUGUUUUAAUUUAUAACUUUGAAAAUAUGAAAGAAUUCGUGAAAGCUACAGCGGCUGAACGGAACUGCGGUGAAAAUGAAGCUUUCAAAGAGAUAUUUAAGAGAUAUGUCCUUCAUCACCGUGCCAUUCUGAGAUUCGUGUCUUCAAUCCAAGCUGCUUUCAGUGGCCAGCUGUCAUCAACGUUGUUCAUAAGUGCUGGCAUUGUUGGUACCACUGGGGUUCAAGUAUUUUCAAUCGAAUCGCCCCUAAAGAACUUCACCGAAGUGAUAUGGGUAUUGGCUUACUUUGUGACGAUUACUUGUAACUUAUUUAUUGACUGUUAUUUUGGAAAUACUGUCACUGGUAAGAGCUUGCAUGUAGCUACAGUAGUCUACUCUUGUCCAUGGAUCGAGCUGCCGACUCACUUGAAAAAGAAUUUAGUGCUCUUUAUUGCGAAGACACAAGUACCGCUCGUCAUCACGGCUUCGAAACUCGUGCCGGUGUCUUUGGAAACAUUUACCAAGGUAAUGAAUUGGACAUACAAAGGCUUUGCUGUCAUGAAUCAGAUGAAAAAGUAAUGGAAGGCAGCAAAUUAUGCUGGUCGCUAACGAUUCAAUACAUUAAUGAAGAUUGAUGACCAAAUCAUGUUGGAAAAACUUGUGACAACGUUUGAAUGUGUAACAAUGCUAUUGUAACAUGAUUAAAUUAUUUUCAGAACUUUCAAUAAUAUUUAUGUGAAAUCUUAUUUUCUGUAGAUACAAGCUUACAAAAAUAUUUUUAAACAUCCAGGGGUAUAUUACCAUGUUGAACGGACGAUUAUUAGAGUCGUUGAAGAGCUGGUAGGAGGCCCCCAGUAUUUCAUUUUAGUAUCUCCGAAGACAUUUUGAUCACAUUUUCAAAACACAAUUUCUUUAAAAUUACAGGUUUUUUUUGC